CGGCGGCCGGGAACGAUGCAUCAGAAGCUGCUGAAGAGCGCGCACUACAUAGAGCUGGGCAGCUACCAGUACUGGCCGGUCCUGGUGCCCCGCGGCAUCCGCCUGUACACCUACGAACAGAUCCCCGUGUCCCUCAAGGACAACCCGUACAUCACCGACGGCUACCGGGCCUACCUGCCCUCCAGGCUGUGUAUCAAAAGUUUGUUUAUUUUAUCUAAUGAGACGGUAAAUAUCUGGAGUCAUUUGCUGGGUUUCUUUCUCUUCUUCACCCUGGGAAUAUAUGACAUGACAUCUGUGUUACCUUCGGCAAGUGCAUCCAGAGAAGAUUUUGUAAUUUGUUCUAUUUGUCUUUUCUGCUUCCAGGUCUGUAUGCUUUGCUCUGUGGGCUAUCAUCUCUUUUCCUGCCAUCGGUCAGAAAAAACCUGUCGAAGAUGGAUGGCAUUAGAUUAUGCAGGAAUUUCUAUUGGAAUACUGGGCUGCUAUGUCUCAGGAGUAUUUUAUGCAUUUUAUUGUAAUAAUUAUUGGCGUCAAGUAUAUUUGAUCACAGUGCUUGCCAUGAUCCUGGCAGUGUUCUUUGCGCAGAUUCAUCCCAAUUACCUCACACAGCAAUGGCAAAGGCUCCGUUCUAUCAUCUUUUGUUCUGUUUCGGGAUAUGGAGUGAUUCCUACUCUUCAUUGGAUUUGGCUCAAUGGUGGAAUUGGUGCUCCUAUUGUACAGGACUUUGCACCCCGUGUAAUUGUGAUGUAUAUGAUUGCUGUUCUUGCUUUUCUAUUCUACAUUUCCAAAGUUCCAGAACGGUAUUUUCCAGGACAACUAAACUACCUCGGAUCAAGCCACCAAAUAUGGCAUAUCCUUGCAGUAGUGAUGUUAUAUUGGUGGCAUCAGUCAACAGUGUAUGUCAUGCAGUACAGACAUAGCAAGCCUUGUCCUGACUAUGUUUCACAUUUGUGAAUUCAGGUAUGGCCACCUGGUGAAUUCAGCUGUUAAGCAAUAUAUAAUGGGGAGUUGUAUACCCCACUAUUUCUAAGGUCUUAUAGUUUUUCCUAUCGUCUCUUGUUUAAUAUAUCACGAGUAAUGCUUUAUAAUAAUGGAAAAAAUAUACUUGGGGAUCUAUAAUAAUAACAGCUUUACAACCCUUAAAACUACUAAUUUGCUGCUUAUACAGGAAGUGAAAAUUGGAGAUCAUAAGAAACAGCUGAAUAACAACAAUGAAUGUGACCCUAGUGUAGAAAUAGGAUUUUUUUUUACUUAACACCAGCUUAAUUUCUUUAGGAAGGGCUCAUCUCCAUUAGAAAAUGGAGUCAUCCUGUGUGAUUACUUAACAGAAGAUGUUUUUAGUAAAUUGUCAAGUUUAAGUGCCUAAUCAAGGCAAGGGUUGUCAUAGCCUAUGCUUAAUAUGAACUAGGAUAGUGAUUUUGAAUAAUCACUAUCCUUUAAAUACAUAGUUUAUGGAAACUGGCACUUAAGAUAGUAUUUCCUUUAGCUAUAGGUUCUCUUCUCUUCAGGUAACAUUGGAGUUUUGAGUUUGCCAGAACAAAAAUUUUAAACUUCUCUUUUAAGUUGAGGGAGGUGUUUAGAAGAGGAACUUGCAUUGUAAUUUUCUAUCAAAUAAGAAUCACAUUAGAAACCAAUUAUGUGAGGAGGUAACAGAUUCUCUGGUUUUAUAACCAAGUCAUUCACCACCACCUAAGCCUUUUAAUUCCAGAUAUUGCUUAAUCCCAUUACAUUGAAUUCUCAUGAGUGGAUUUCAAAAGUUUUUGUUAUUAUUUUAUUUUGUUUUGUUUUGAUCUCCAAAUUCCAAAAGAGCUUUCUCCUCUCUGAAUUUGUAGUCCUAACUUUCUGUCAUGGGGGUUCCCAGAUAAAUGGGUGCUACUUUCAAGGCCAUAUAAUCUAGAUGGCUCUGUCUUGACCCUGAAAUGAACCUUAAGCCUUAGAACAGUCAUGAGAUACAAUUAUGUGGUUAUUUAUCUGUGCUCAAGUCCCCCAUUUAUGCAUAUGUUAACACUGGAUUGAUAACUAAAAAUAUUGAUAACUAUACUCUGAUAUUUGGACCUGAAGCAUUAAACUUCCUUUUUAUUGUGUACACUUAAAAAUAUUUGUCACUGUCCUGUCGUACAACUUAUCCCUCUUGUUUUUUUUGGUGUUUUUCACAAAAUCCCUUAAAUAGUCAUAAACAGUCACUUACUGGAAGAUAAAAUAUUACCUAAGUUUAUUAAUGAGCUGUUUUAAACACUGGUGUGUUUUCAAAACAGUAGAAUUACUGAAUAUCAGAUAAAAUGUUAUUGAUGAUGC